AGGAACGCCUGGCUGUUAUCUCACAAAUAUCAGAUCAUCAUUUUUCGGGUGGGUAUACUGUCUUUCACGUUUGAUCGCCUCCCGUUUGGAACCACGAGCUUCUUUCCUCCGUUUCGUUAAUUCUCUGUUCUUGCUUUGCUAUGUCUCACGUACCUUUUUUUCGACUGUGUCGUGGUUCUGUUGGCAGACAACUUGUAAAACCUAUUGUUACGCGCAAUAUGGCAAGCGCACGGAUAAACAAAGUACUGGUCACUCGUUCAGUUCCACAAGCUGCUAUUGAAAUUAUAAAGUCCUCUCAGAGCUGUGAUUUGGAUCAUUGGGACUCAGAGGAUCCAAUUCCAAGAGACGAACUUCUAAAGCGAGUUGCUGGUCUUGAUGGUCUUUAUUGCCUCCUCACAGAGAAAAUAGAUUCUGAGUUACUGGAUGCUGCUGGUCCUCAGCUUAAAGUUGUCAGCACAAUGUCAGUUGGUUAUGACCACAUCAGUUUACCAGAAACCUCAAAAAGGGGCAUUGCUGUUGGCCACACUCCAGGGGUGCUGACAGAUGCCACAGCCACCUUGACAGUAGCACUUCUUCUGGCAACUCAGAGACGAUUGAUUGAAGCUGCUGGGGAAGUGAAAAAUGGUGGGUGGGGCACAUGGAAGCCACUGUGGAUGUGUGGACCAACACUGACUGGCAGCACUGUAGGAAUCGUUGGAUUUGGAAGAAUAGGCAUAGCUGUUGCACAAAGACUAGCUCCAUUUGGUGUUGCGAGGUUUCUUUAUUGUGAUGUCCACAAGAAAUCAGAGAGCGAGGAAAAGUUGGUAUCACCAAGGGCGGAGCAUGUUGAUAAGGAUACGUUGUUCAAGGAGUCUGACUUUGUGAGUGCUCACACUGCUCUAACACCAGAAACAGCAGGAAUGUUCAACAAGGAUGCUUUCUCCAAGAUGAAGAGUAAUGCAGUAUUUGUUAAUACCAGCAGGGGUGGAGUUGUAAAUCAAGAUGACUUGUACGAAGCUCUCAAGACUGGCCAGAUAUGGGGGGCUGGUCUGGACGUGACAGUACCAGAGCCUCUUCCAACCGAUCACCCGCUUUUAUCUUUGAAGAACUGCGUCGUUCUUCCUCACAUUGGCAGUGCAGAGGAUUCUACCAGGGAAGCUAUGGCUACUUUAGCUGCAAGAAAUCUCCUGGCAGGAUUGGCGGGUGAAAGCUUACCAGCUCAAGCUAAGCUGUAAAACUUUAUUUCCUGACCAACCUAAUUCUAAAGAGAACGCGAAAUUCAAUUGUAACGGGAAUCAAUUUGAAGAAGUUUUUGGAAGUGUUAGGCAAUCAAACUGGAGUCAUAAUAUUUUUGUAUCUUAUAUUCUAAGAAAACAAUCAAUCUAUUUAGUUUAGGAAACGGCCGCAAAGCGUGCAUGAUGCCGUGGGCUUUUGAGUCAUAGAGCACGAGGGUGUUGUCAGAGUGAUGUGUAUUUAAAUAGAAUAGAUAAAGAUAAGUUAAGGGUAGUGUGGUUUAUAUGAGCAGCUAUUAUUUGAUUGGUUUACGCGAUGGGAGAUAUAUAACAGGUAGGUAAUAACUACAGUUAACUGACUUGCAAGAUAUGAAGGUUGCACGUUAUUUACGUACUUCCUUGCAUUUUUGUAUUGAAUUGUCCAGUGACAUGAAAUAUAAACGAUAUGUCAACCUUCUCAACCUUUAUUAUAUGGCUGUGUAUCACAAGGACUGGGAACUACCGAAUUCACGAAUUUGAUUGGCUGAAAUCGAUAU